AUGUCCUCUCCUGCGAACAGCUCCAAUUCGGACGGCACACCCGUCGACGGCCAAGGCCCUCUCGGCAGAGGUAUCCGCGUCGACAGUCAGGGCUUGAUCAUGCAGCCCCACAUGAUGGCCUCGGGCAGCGGCCCCGCUCCCGGCGGUGCUGGUCCGGUCGGCACGACUCUCGGUCUCGACACGGCCAGCGGGAACCCGGGCGCCACUGCCGCCCCCUAUCCUGGGCCUCUGCAAAAGAGCGCUGAAGUCCCGGAACAGUCUGGUCUGUACCCCGGCUCCGAGCUUAUACUCCCACCUGAAGUCGUGAGCUUCAUCCGCGAGAAGCUUAUGCCUACCGCCCAAUACGACAUCUCAUCCGUCCUGCUCUACAAGAAUAUGGGCGAUUGCGCCGAACUUGCUAGCAGUCUCCGCAACCCGGUCAACAUUUACGCUCUAAGUGCUUUGAGCGGCCUCUUCGGUACCGAAGCGAAGGUCUCGGAGGCUCAACCCGACCCUGCUGUGGAGCUGAUGCGGCAGAAGUUCGAGAAGGCGUACAACGUACAUGUCCUUUCAAGGUAUCUACCCUCGGCCAAGAUCUUUGCCAAGAUCCGUAAAGGCGAACCGGUGCGCGAGGACGAAUGCGGUUUCUCCCCAGUGAGCGCCAAGAUGAAAAGGCGCAUGAAAUGCAACGCCGACACCGACGCCCUCCGCGCCGUAGAGGGAAGGCCCACCGAAGGACAGGUCUCCACCCUGGGAGCCUUGGCUGAGAUUGCAGCAGCAAAGGCAAGGGAGAAACUCAAGCGCUCACUGAACCUCCCGAUCGGGACGCCAGGACCGGCCAACUCCGUCGAUGGGAAGCUGCUCAGCAUCCUGGUGGAAAGAGGUCCUACUGUCAUCGAUACUGUCGAGGAGACGUUGCGCAAGGAGGAGGCCCAAGGCUUCAUCAGGAAACUGAACGAGGGGGAGAUCCUCGAUCGCAACCGGAGCUUCGUCCCUCGAGGAGCCAUCCCAAAGAAAGAUGGUGGGGCUAGAAAAGUCGUCGGCGUGUUGGUUAUGUCUAUCCCUAUGUCUGAGACCAGUGUGCCAGAUGAUAUCCUAUUUGAGAUCUUACGUAACCGGCCGAUGUCUAGCAAGCAGUGGGUUGGAGACAUCGGCGCCAUCCAUAACCUUCCUAGUGUCCAGCCGAACUGGGAUGUCCUCUACCUCUACGCGAACCCUACGAAGCGUGCUCGAGUCGCCCUGUAUGAAAAACAUAAGUUUAUUAAAAUAUUGGACAAGGUUGAAGGGGACCCUGUAGUUUACGCCCGCUACAACGCUUGA